AAUAUUUUUGUGUGAACCUGGCAAUCCUGAUCAACUCUUGAGAGAACUUUACUGUGUUUGUUCUAUGAUUUGUAUAAUGAUCUUGAAAGUAGAAUUAACUAUUACGUGACCGAUACCAAUUCCCUGGAUUUUUUACACUGAUUAUUGCGAUGCCCUGGUCAAGAGAAAGAUGGUGCAGAUAUUGGUAAAAGUGGAAGGCCAAUUCUCAUUAUUGGAUAUCAUAUUUUAUAUGGGAAGAUAGUUGAAAAUAAUCCACCAAUAGCUAUUUUGAAGCGGUCACGGUCCUCACAUGCUCUCUCUUCAGAUCCAGUGUCUAAUGAUAAAAUUUCAUCUACACAGUAUACAGUUUUAGCUUUAGUGAAAAAAAAGAUUACUUUCAGGACAAGACCUAAACCUAUAAUUUCGGUGUGCCAUUAGACAAAUUAUGUACAACGAAGAAUUUGAUUAUUAUCCAGAGCCUCAACGUAAUAUGCGCUAUGAGAAGACUCCACAUGGUCCUCCUAACCGUGGACCUCCAGGACACAUGCGAGGGCCCCCUGGGCCUGGGCCUGGACCAGGAAUGCGUCGGCGAAUGAUGUCGGAUGGUGGUGGUCCUCCUUCAAAUUUCAGAGGUUCUGGUCCUCGUGGUGGUGAUCCUAUGUAUGAAAAUGACUACCCACAGUCUCAUGGAAUGCCAUCGAUGGGUAUGGGUGGACAUCAGAAUAUGCCUAGAGGUCCUCCAGGGCAUUACGGUGGUGGCUCUCCACAGCAUAUGGGUGGUAAUCCACAAUUUAGUUCACCUCGUCAGCCUCAACCAGGCAUGCCUGGAAAAGGACACUUUCAAAGGCCACCAAUGGUUCCUCCAUUUGGUGUUCCUCCUCCAAGUUUUUCUGGUAGCGGUCCUCACUCACAAAACCGCAACCCUCAGUCUAGCAAUCAUGCUUCAUCUAACUCUGGUAAUUCACCAAAUACUCAAAAUGUACCUAACAUAGACCUCAGUGGAGAGUUAUGGGUUGAAACUAAAACAAGUGAAGGAAAGCUGUACUAUUAUAAUGCAAGAACUCGUGAAUCUGCUUGGACAAAACCUGAAAAUGUUAAAAUUCUGAAUCAAGAACAAAUUGAGGCAAUGGCUGCUGCAGCUGGUCCAGGUAAUGCCUCUGAUUCUGCAAAUCAGAAAAACGAAAGUCAAAAGAACAAUUCGCACGUUAAUCCUACAACAACAACAACUACUACUACUACUAAUCAAUAUUUUGUUCCCAUGGGCUCCAUGCCUAGGAUGGGACCAAUGCAAGGACCAAAUAUGCUCCCCCCUCCUGCAUUUGGAAUGCCCCCACCUCCAUUUGGAAUGCCACCUCCUGGAAUGGUUGCUGGUCCUGGCUAUCCUUUUAUGCCCCCUCCAGCAUUUUCUGUUCCUAUGGGUGUAUCUGCACCUGUUUCUAAUUCAACAACAGUUUCAUCAGAUUCUUCUGCUUCUAGUAGUGUUACCUCUGAGAUUAAGCUUGAAAAUGAUGAUAGUAAUCUCUCUGUACCUGAACUGAAAAGUAAAGUUGAUGAUUGGGGGGAGUAUAAAGCUCCAGAUGGGAGAAGUUAUUAUUAUAAUAAGGUCACUAAUGAAUCAGUUUGGGAAAAACCCCAAGCAUUAAUUGAUGCUGAAAUGAAUGAAGAAAAUAAGGAUUCAAUAUCUAGCGAUGUGGAAAACACUGAUAUGACCAAAGAUGGAGGUGAUGCACAAAAUGAUCAAGAUAAUACUAUGUCAAUGGAUGUUGAGGAAUCGGAUGUUGAAUUAACAGAAUCCAAAGUUGAAGGUGCUGAAGUAGAUUCUGAUGCUGUUAAUAAGAUGGAAAUUCGAGAAAAUGGAACUGACACUGGUGCAGAUAAAGAUGUCACAGAAGUCAGUGAGGAAUCUGCUCCAGUAGAACAAGAACAAACAUCCACUGAGCAACAAGAAGCACAGAAAACAGUGGACAAAUCUCGUCCUGUAUCUAGUACUGCUAUCCCAGGAACACCGUGGUGUGUUGUAUGGACAGGUGAUGGACGUGUUUUCUUCUUCAAUCCGAGCUCUCGCAAGUCUGUGUGGGAGAAACCUGAUGAAUUAAAAGGGCGCGCUGAUGUUGAAAAAUUGGUUCAAGUUCCCCCAACUCCUCAUUCUGAUACUGCUGCUGUUAAAGAAGGUGAAAAAACUGAAAAAGCAGAAACAGAAGCUGAUCCUGCUCCUGAAGCUAAAAAAAUUAAACUUGAAGAAACAACAGAAGAAGAAGAAGAAGAAAAAAAGGCUGUAAAAAUUAAAAAUGAAACAAAAAAUAAUAUUAACCCUGGUAAACAGUCAGCUAUUGAUGCUGAAUUAGCUGCUGCAAAGGAAAGGGCACAAAUUUCUUUAGAUGUCCGUAUGAAACAGUUCCGGGAGCUACUAGUACAGAGAAAUGUUUCAGCUUUUUCAACAUGGGAGAAGGAAUUGCAUAAAAUUGUUUUUGACCCUCGUUACUUGCUUAUUACUAGCAAAGAAAGAAAGCAAGUCUUUGAAAAGUAUGUGAAAGAUCGAGCUGAGGAAGAAAGAAAUGAAAAAAGGAAAAAAAUGCGAGAACAUAAAGAGAAUUUUAGAAAACUUCUUGAAGAAGCUUCAUUAAAUACCAAAUCAACCUUCAGUGAUUUUGCACAACGCUAUGGGAAAGAUGAACGCUUCAAAGCUAUUGAAAAAAUGCGUGAUCGAGAGAGCAUAUUUAAUGAUUAUUUGCAGGAUAUACGUAGGAAAGAAAGAGAUGAACGUUCUACUCAAAGGGAGAAAUCAAAGAAAGGUUUCAUUGAGUUAUUAAAAGAGCAGAAAAACCUGGAUAAGCACAGUCGUUGGAAUGAUAUUAAAAAAACACUUGCAGAAGACCCUCGUUAUAAAGCAGUAGAUAGUAGCUCUUUACGUGAAGAAUGGUUUAAGGAAUAUAUUGGGAUAUGCAAAGGAACAUCAAAAGAUAAGGAUAAGGAAAAGGAAAAAGAUAGAGAUAGAGAUAAAGAUGAAGAUGGUAAUGUUAAGGAACGUGAAAAACUAGAAAGAAUGGAAGCUAGCAUUCGUGAAAGAGAAAAAGAAGUACAACAGGCGUUGUCUACACAUUUAAGACAGCGUGAUAAAGAACGAGAGCUGCAUAAACAUGAGGAAGCUAUCCAACAUUUUAAAGCUUUACUGACCGAUUUGGUGCGUUCCCCAGAUGUAUCCUUUCAUGAAGUCAAGAAAACAUUGAGAAAAGACCAUCGCUGGGAUAUGGUAGGUGAAUUGACUAGAGAAGAACGAGAAAGAGUUUAUGAGGAGCACAUUAGUGUACUCUUUCGUAAAAAGAAAGAAAAAUUUCGUGAACUUUUAGAUGAAACUCCCGAGAUUACUUUAACUUCAAGUUGGAAAGAAAUAAAAAGAUUGAUCAAAGAUGAUCCUAGGUGUUCUAAAUUUUCAUCUAGUGAUAGAAGGUGUGAAAAGGAAUUCAAGGAAUAUUUGAAAGACAGAUUGGUUGCAGCUAAAGCUGAUUUUAGAGAACUUCUUAAGGAAACAAAAAUAAUAACUUACAAAUCUAAAAAACUGAUUGAAGAAACUGAUCAUCUAAAAGAUAUAGAGAAAGUUUUACAAAAUGACAAGCGUUAUUUAGUGUUACAGUGUAUAGCAGAUGAACGGAAUGAACUUCUUAUGUCUUACAUUGAUACAUUGGACAGAAAAGGCCCUCCUCCUCCACCCACUGCAUCAGAACCUGCUCGACGAACCACAAAAUAAACUUAUCAUCUUGAUCAUGUUUGCUGCCCAGACGUAUUUUACUUUAGAGUUGUUCGUACAUAGAUAAUUCCAAAUUGAAACUUUUUUAUAAACAGGGAAGAGGGAAAUGUAAUGAUAAAGUAUGUAUUGUACCAUUUUCCAUUAAAUUUUAAAACUUGAUAUUUUUCUGUUAAAAAUGACUGUGUGUAAACAUAUUCGGGUAAAGUGUUAAUUAUGUAAACAUUUUGAUAGUAAGUGGUCAAACAUUCUUUUUGGUUAUCCACUUUGCAGUUGAGGCUUUUUAGAAACCCAUCAGAUAAAUUUGAAAUAUAUCAAAGAUGUUCAGAGCUGUAAAAUUUUAAUUCUUUCAAUGGUUUAAUUCACUAGAAAUUCUUUUCAAUGAUUUGAAGGUAUAAUGGCUAUGUGCUCUGAAACUGUUACUGUUUGAAAUCUUUUAAAUUUGUUGUAUUUUCAUAAUACAUGUAUUUUAUAUUUUCUUAACUAAAUUUGCUUCAACUCAAAUGAAAAAAUAAUUUACUUUAGAUAUCCUCUGAGAAGAGACAGUUUUAUGACUGACUUUAAUAAACAUAAAACUAAAGUCUUAAAUUUAAUAUGUAUAAAAUGCAAUUGUAUGUAAUGUGCACAUACACAAUUUUUCUUAACUUCAUUACCAGUGGCUUAAGAUAACUACUGUAUUAUAAUUCUUUCAAUUAUGUAUCUAUGCAUUUUAUGUUAGAAUCUGGGUCCAAUUUUACUUAAGUGUGAAAAAUAGAUGUACUUUUAUUGUAUCUUUAUAAAUUUUGUUCAACUUUAAUGUUUCAGGAGUGAAAUUAGAAAUGUAUACAAUUCUUGCUUUGCCCAUAUCAAAAGUUAUUUGAUAGCUGUACUUCUUAAAUUUAACUAAUGGUUUUUGCUGAAGCAAAUUUUAUUUCUAAAAAAUAUUAUCUGUUAAUGACUUGCAGUAUUAUUCCCCUGUUAUUAUAAUUACCCAUAUAUUCUAAUUGUUUGAAAAAUUACUGACAUCUAUACUAUGCAACUUCUAUACUAUGCAAUUUUUGUAACAUGUAGUUCAUUUGCCUGAACUUAAGACAAUACAACAGCAAGUGUCUUGAUGAUAAAAGAUUAUUUUAAAUAAAAUUCCUUUUUUAUGGAAACAUGCAAUGAAAAAUGACAAUUUCAGAUAAUUACAGAAAAUAGCAAUGGCAGAUAAACAGCUUUUUUCUGUUAUUUCGUUAAUGUAUUCAAAUAUUCAUUAAGAUGCUGAAAUUAUACUAUCUUUCAUGUUUUUCAUUUUUAGAAAAUGCUCUUUUAUAGUUUAUAUCUAGUGUGUUGUUUCUUUGAGAUGAUACAAACAUGAUCUUUAACCAUAUUCUGUUUGUAUUAUUUGAUGAAACAUUUAAACACCUUUAAUACUCUCUUUUCAUAAUUAUUAAAAAAAUUCAGAUAUUAAUUUAUGUAAGGGAUAAUCAACAUUCCUAUUUGAGUUAUCAAAACUUUUAUAUUAUUUAAAUUCUCAAAGAAUUAAGAGUUUAUGCUGAAGAACAUUAAAAAUCUGGAUUAUCUGAUCAUUUCCUGUUUGCCUUAAAAGAAUUAUAAAAUCAUUGAAGCAUAAAAUGCCACUGCUGUUCUUUUUAUCUGACUAUAAAUGAGAAUUGCAAGAUUCAUUUGUAAAAUAACGUCUUGUAUUUUGUUUUAAAUGCAAUACUUAAGACGUAUGUUAUUCUUAUUAGAGCAAUAAAUUAUAGGAAUUUCUUCUCUUGUAGAUGCCUAUUAUAAAUUAUGCUGAUAUUUUUAUAUAUUAUCUACCUAAUCUUCAGAUAUGUUUGUUAUGGAAUUCAAAAAAUUUGGAUGUGUUCAUUUUAGGGUAGUAAAUAAAGAAGUGGUAACAUAGCUAUAACAAAAUUAUUGAAUGCAUGAGCAAUAUAGUAUUACAUACCUUUAGCAUAAUCACUAGAAUAGAAAAGUGCUGCACCUUUUCCCAAAUUCCUAGAUAAUGUUAAGAAUAAAAUGCUUGUUGAUCACAUUGGUGGCAUGUGUGCCUUAUAAUAACAAAAUUAGAUGCCUUCAUAAUCCAUAAUCCAAUUCUGAAUAUGUUAUUGUUGAUAUUUCAUCAGAAUUCCACAUGUAUUUUUGCCAGAAGUCCCCUUGAGUUUAAUUUUGAGUACUAGCUACCUUUUGUAAAUAUACACUUUAGAACAAUUUAAAUGAUCUUCCGCUUGCAACAACCUUACUGAUUGAUUGGUGUUUAUGGCCUUUAUGAAUCAACAAAACCAUCAACUUGUGGUACUAUUAUCCUGUUUGUUUGAGUAUGUGCAGUCUUAUUCAGCUAUGUUACCAUGACUUUAUUUAUGACCUUUGUACAUAUUUAUAUCCUGUUAGCAAUAACAACAACUGUAGUACCAAUAUCUUGUUUGAAUAUUUGCAGUCUUGCAACUUAUUCAGCUGUGUGGCCAUGACUUUUGUACAUAAUUAUAUCUGUUUGUCAGCAAUAACAUCAACUUGUGGUACUUAUAUCCUGUUUGAGUAUGUGCGAUUUUGCAACCAGCUAUGAUCCAUGCCUUUAUUUAUGGCCUUUGUACAUAAUUAUACCCUGUUAGUCUGAAUUAUUGGUCCUGCCAUGUUGAUAAAGCAAUUAAUUUACAUUAAAUUUAAUUUAAACUAAUUUUUAAAAUUAAUUUCUUUUGUAUCUCUCAGAAAAAUUCUUUAUGGAUUUUUCUGCAUUUUAAAAUUUUAAGCAAGCUGGAAUUCUGAAAGUAAUUGGUACAAAUUUAAUUUUGCUCUCCUUAUUUAACAUUAUGAAAAUGUAUUCCCCCCCAUAACAUUUGUUUUUUUUCAAACUGCAAUUUAGCUUAUGCUAUUUACAGUUUAAAAAAUUUCUAUAUGUUUUUAUUUUCUAAAGAACAGUUAAAAUUAGGUAUGUAAUUUUAUUUGAAUGAUUGGAUGAGUUUAGAAAUUUGAGUGACUGAAAAUCUGAGUCUCAUUUAUUAAACAUUAACUUGUGCCUUGAUCCAUAUUCAAAACAAAUCUUGUCAGCACUCUCUCUUUGUGAUUGAUUACUUUAAAUUUUCAUCUAAAAUGUUUAAUAAGACACUGUAACUCAAGAAAAUAACAGAUUAAUCUUUCCUGUUGAUGAGUGGUUAAAAUGUUCAUAUUAAUCAAUCAGUGAGUAUGUGCAGUCUUGUAACUUAUUCAGCUGUGUUGCCAUGGCUUUAUUUAUGACCUUUGUACAUAAUUACAUCCUGUUGUCAGGCAAUAACAUCAACUUGUGGUACCUAUAUCCUGUUUGAGUUAUGUGUAGUCUUGCAACUUAUUCAGCUAUGAUCCAUGCCUUUAUUUAUGGCCUUUGUACAUAAUUAUACCCUGUUAGCCUGAAUUAUUGGCCCUGCCAUUUUGAUAAAGCUACUAAAUUACAUUAAGUUUAAUUUAAACUUUCUAUAAAAUUAUAUGAAAAUUAAUUUCUCUUGUAUCUUUAAGAAAAAUGAUCUUAAUGGGUUUUUAUGCUUUUUAAAAAUUUAGGCAAGAGAAAGGUAAUUUUGUCUGAAGGUAAUUUUGUACAAAUUUCUUUUUGUUCUCCUGAUAAAACAUUAUGAAAAUGUAUUCCCCCAUAAUAUCCUGUUUAUUUCAAACUGUAAUUUAGCUUAUGCUAUUUACAGUUUAAAUAAUUCUUUUGUUUUUGUUAUCCAAAGAACAGUUAAAGUUAGGUGUGUUAUUUUAUUUGGAUGAGUUUGGAAAUUUGAGUGACUAUUCAAAAAGUCCAAGUCUCAUUUAUUAAACAUUAACUUGUGCCUUGAUCCAUAUUCAAAAAUACUCUUGUCAACCUUUUGCCUUUGUGAUUGAUGUAUAUGCAAUAAAAAUUUAAGAUUAAAAUGCUAAAUAAGACACUGCAACUCAAGAAAAUAAACAGAUCUUUUGUUUUGGUGAGUGGUUAAAAUGUUAAUAUUAAUCAAGUUUCAUUGCUUUAUUAAUAUUCUUGUGAGCUAAGUUAUUAGGUAGUUUAAAUUUUGUUCUUGAUUAAAUGAAGUUUAAAGUUUACUCGGAUAUAAAAUUCUCUGUUUGUUGCUCAAAUUUUUAUUUUUGAGAAACGGUUAUUGUGUAUGGUGAUGUUUAAACAUUAUGUAGAACUUUGUUCUGUACUUUUAAUUAGUUUAAUACUCAAUUUUAAUUUAUUCAUUGUUAAAUGACUGUGAGCAGCUUGUUUUAUAAUAAGCUUUAUAAAUUUUCUUAUCAACGAAUGACCUAUAGUGAUUCAAUAUUUAUAUAUUUAUUCCCAUAUUUAAUGUAUGAUAUCUGACUGGGUGAAUUUUCAUAUUAUUUUUUUUUUAUUUUCACUUGUUAUACAAGUGUGUUUUAAUUAUUUUUCAUGACUAUUGUUAAAAGACCUUUAAAGAGACUAAGUUCAAAGCAACAAAGUGAUAUAAUUUCCGCUUUAGCCUUUUAUUUUUCCUUUGUUAUUCUUUGCAUUUAAUGUUUAUUGUACAGUUUCCAUUCAAUGAAUUACACAUGGUUAAUUUUUUCAAUCUCUUGGUAUAAGAAUACAAAGAGAAUUUCAACCUUUAACUAAAAAGCAAUUCAACUGUAUAGUCAUAAAUUACUUCGUAUGUUUUUAAUUGUUAAAAUCAUGAAAGUAAACUGUUCAUUUUUCAUGUGUCUUGUUAAUAAAUGUUGAUUUAAAAUCUAGUGAUAUUUUUUGCUAUGUACUAUUAUAUGCAAAUUUAUAAAUAUUGUCAGCAAUACAUUGAGAAUUUCACUGCGCGUUUGUACAUAUGAGAACUAAAUAGCAACAAAAAAUAAUUUAGGCUUUUAAUUUCCAUUUCAUUUUCCUUUGUGUUAUUCAUUGUUUUGUGUAUUUGAUGAAGUACCUUGAAACUGUUAUUGUGAGAAUGGAUUAUUAAAGUUGUCAUAUUUUCUG